AUGGCAGCAGGGGAUCUUCCCGCUUCCGGCGGCUCGGGCGCCUCCCCGGCCUCCCCCUCCGCAGCAGCAGCAGCAGCAGCAGCAGCAGCGCCGCUGGCCCUCGAAAUCACCCAAACUGCCCACUUGCUGGGCGAACAAAAUGGACUUCGACACCAGGACUUCUGCCGCUACAGAAAAUACCUCAGCCGCAAACUCGGGCGCCUGCGGCAGCAGCUCGACGCCAAAAACGGCAGACACAGAUACACCCCCAAGCCGCUCCCCGACAACAUUCAGGACGAAAGGUAUUUGCUGCUGCUUCUAGUGCAAGCUGAACGGGCGUGGGCGUACGGCAUGCAGCUCAAGAGCGACAAUGCGAACUCUGUGACGCCUAACGCGAAGCUGCGGGCGCACUCUAUCCGCCGCUUCGCCAAAGCCGUUUCUUAUGCGCAUCAGCUCGAGGCCCUCUGCAAGGGGCCCCGGGGGGCCCCCAAGAGCUCCUCAGAAGCACCAGCAGCAGCAGCAGCAGGUCCUGCUGGAGAGGCAGCGGAUGCAGCAGCACCAACAGCAGCAGCAGAGGAGGAGGAAAGGGGCCCUCUGUGCGACGGAAAGACCUGUUUGGACGCGCUGGCUUACCGCUGCUUCAUGGAGUCUGUCCUGCAGCAGGAAAAGGAGCAGUGGACAGCAGCAGCAAACACGCUGCAGCAGCUGCAGCAAGUCUACGUGCAGCUGAAGCACCUCAGCAGCACGCAACCAGAACUCGAGAAGCUCUACAAGGCAAAGCUGGAGGCCCUUGACCCGCUGCUGCGUCUUUGUGUCUUCCACUCGGGCGACAUCCGUGCUGCUGCGCUGCAGCAGCAGCAGCAGCGGGCAGCAGACAGAAAGAAGCAAGCAGCAGCUGCUGCUGCAGCGGCUGCCGACGGCAGCAGCAGCAGCGGCGUAGCUACGUGGAGAGACGCCCCAGUUAGCCCCAAGAAGGACAAGCCCAGAGCAGCAAUUGCUGCAGCACUCGCCAACUGGGAGCAGCAGCAGCUGCUGUCUGUUGAAACGCUGCGCGCAGUUGCUGCUGCUGAAGCAGCAGACAUCAAGGCAGCAGCGCCAGCACUCAUGGAAAGGGAUGCACAGGGAUGGGCGGAACAGUAUGGCGAGGCGUCAGCCCGGUUUCGUGGCUGUGUGGAGCUGAUACACAGAGAGCUGAUGGCGGAGCCUGAAGAGGUGUCAUGGCUGCAGUGUCAAGGUUUCUGCAUGGAUAUGAGUCGAUGUUUGGAAGUCGAGCGGGACGCGCUGAUGCUGCUGCGGUGCCUCCUCAGCCUUGCUGCUACAGAUGCGGAUCUGAAGGGAGGUCGGGAGCUGGCAAGGGCGCAGGAAGGAUUUCGUUUUGCAAGCCUUUUGCUGCAGGGGCUAGAACGCAUGCAAGGAGAAGAGACGCUGCCCGAAGACCGGGGGCCGCAGCUGCAGCGAUGGGUGCAGGUUGCCAAAGACAGCAAAGCGACGUGUUUGGCAACGGCCAUCGCCUGUGGAGGGAGUUUAGCUGAGGCUUUCGUGUUGGCACGGGCUGUCUCUACGCGGCAGGUUCCACUGACACUGAAACCCGAGCUUGCUGAAGAUCCCCACGAGCGCAUCGAUCUGCUGCUGGCCGCCAUUUAUAGGGUCACGGCCGUCGCUGUGGGGCAGCGCGUGUGCCGCUACCUGUGCGCCCUUCUCCGUCAGACACAAAACCUCCAGUCCUCUGCGCCUUGCGCCGCAACCACUCGAGAAGCCAUGGGAGAGUCAGCAGAAACGUCUGUACAGAAGCAGCUGAACUCAACAGUUGGUCGUUUGUUGCUUCCUGCUGCUGAGCCGAUCGCCUGCAAGCCUCACCUCUUUGACUUGGCUAUUUCCUCCCUUAAGCCUCCCGACUUGUCUAAGAAGACUGGAACUUCGACGGGACGCCGUUUGGGCGGUUUGCUGAAGUCGCUGUGGGGCCGUUAG